AUGUCACAACCCAAUCUCAAUGAACGCAUCCAAGUCGACACAAGCGAUGAUGACUCUCUCUUCGACAUCGAAUCCAUCUCAGGCUCAAACCUUUCAUUUGCAUCCUCCGUCCGAGACUACAGCUACGAAAAUGGCCGCCGCUACCACGCCUACCGCAACGGCCAAUACCCCUUCCCAAACGACGAAGAAGAACAAGACCGCCUAGCAUUAACGCACCACCUCUUCAAACUGCUCACAGGCGGCAAUCUGCACCGCGCACCAAUACAAGACUCCGACCCGCGCCGCAUUCUAGACAUCGGCACUGGGCCCGGCGAAUGGGCCCUGGAAAUGGCCGAAGACUACCCGCAGGCGGACAUCAUCGGCACCGAUCUCAGCCCCAUCCAGCCGAACUGGGUGCCGCCUAAUUGCCGCUUCUAUAUCGACGAUGCGGAGAGUGAUUGGACUUUCUCGCCCGGUGAGGCGUUCGACUAUAUCCAUGCAAGAACUAUGGCGGGCGGGAUUGAGGAUUGGCCGAAGCUGCUCAAGCAGGCUUAUCAGCAUCUUAAGCCGGGCGGCUGGUUUGAAGCGCAGGAGUUCGAGCACUGCGUGCGCUCCGAUGAUGGGACCCAUGAGCGCGCUACUGCUAUUAAUAGCUGGGCGGAAUUGUUGACCCAGGCUAGUAAGAAGUUUGGGAAGCCGAUGGAUGUUGCAUCGAGCAUUUCGGAGUGGAUGACUGAGGAGGGGUUUGCAAAUGUUACUGAUGAUAUCUAUAAGAGUCCUGUCGGUGGCUGGGCCAAGAACCGCCGUUACAAAGAAAUCGGUCGCAUCGGCAAGGUGUCUAUUAUGGAAACCAUUGAGCCGUACUCACUGGCUCUCUUUACCCGUGUCCUGGGUCUCUCGUACCAGGAUGCACAAGAGCAUAUGGAAAAGGCGCGCGCGGAGUUGAUGAGCGGUUCGCACCACCUCUAUGUGCGCUUCCACUUUGUCUACGGCCAGCGGCCUUUCGACGAUGAACCCACUCAUUCCGAGGCUCCCUGA